CGGGCAGCCUGCUGCCGCCGCCCUGCCUGGCUGGAGUCAUGACCCUGUCUUCCCCAGGCCUGUGGAGGUGGGCGGAAGGGGGUGAUGCUUCAUAGUCUCCAACCAUGGGGCUGUUUGCGGGGGGGUGCACGGGCAGGGGACCAGGCUGGGAGGCCCGGGAGCCAUGACCUUUUAUCCAGAGGUGACAACGAAGAAGCAGCAGGAGACCCACCAGGAAGGUCUUUAAUGAUGGACUGCCUGCCUUCUCUCAGGGGCACCCCUGAGGGAGAGAGAUUCUGGGUGACCUAGUUGGGGGCGGGGGGUGUGUGGACAAGAACAAGGGCUGGACCUUGGGCGGCCGGCCCUCUCGUCCAGUCUGGACACAGUUUCGCAGAGCCGGCAGGGUCAUCAGGGUCCUGCUUCUGACGGUCUUCCUGCCAGCGCAGCUCAGGGUGGAUCCCCUGCCACCUUGCCCCCAGGGCUCUCCCCGGGAACUGGAACCAGCAGUUCCAGCGUCCAUCUCUGCAGAGGGGGUGGGGCCAGAGCAGUCUAGCCCCUCCCUGGACAAGGGCCUCAAAUACCUGCCUGGGCCCUGGCCUACAAUCCCUGCCCGACCAAACCCGAGGCAUCGGUCUCCUGCCACAGACACACCCCCAGCCUGGAUCUCCGACCUUGAUCCUGAGCCUCAAAUACCACCCCAUCCACAUCCCAGGUGAGUCCGGGGACUGGGCUGACCAGGAGCCUGGAUGGGGGUGGGAUCUCUCUAUUGGAGCCUCAGUUUCCCCAAGGAAUAGAAUGGCCCUGGUAAACCUAGCACACCACUGGGGAGAGGUGGAGAGGCAGAAGGAUCCUCCUUGGACCUCUGAAUCACAGGUCCUUGCCGGUCCCCCAGGGCUGGGGCACAGAAAGGUAGUUCGGUGUGUCUGACUCCAGGUCCACGCUCAGGAGUGCGUCUGUCCCUCCCAGCCUACCUGCUGUCCGCGAUGGGUGGGCCCCAGGUCCUAUUGGCCACGCUCUGGGCCCUGGGGGCCGCAGGGGCCGCCGCGCUGCGCAUAGGAGCUUUCAACAUCCAGAGCUUUGGUGACAGCAAAGUGACGGACCCAGCCUGCGGCACCAUCAUUGCACAAAUCCUGGCUGGCUAUGACAUCACGCUGGUGCAGGAGGUGCGAGACCCAGACCUGAGCGCCGUGUCCGCUCUCAUGGAGCAGAUCAACAGCGUGUCCAAGCACAAGUACAGCUUCCUGAGCAGCGAGCCCCUGGGUCGGGACCAGUACAAGGAAAUGUACCUGUUUGUUUACAGGAAGGACGCGGUGUCGGUCGUGGACACGUACCAGUACCCGGACCCGGAGGACGCCUUCAGCCGUGAACCGUUCGUGGUCAAGUUCUCUGUCCCCGGCUCGGCUGCCGGGGAGUUGGUGCUCAUCCCGCUGCACGCGGCGCCGCAUCGGGCCGUGGCGGAGAUCGAUGCUCUCUACGACGUGUACCUGGACGUGAUCGACAAAUGGGGCACGGACGACUUACUGUUCCUGGGCGACUUCAACGCCGACUGCAACUACGUGCGGGAGCGCGACUGGCCGUCCGUCCGCCUGCGCAGCAGCGAGGUCUUCAAGUGGCUCAUCCCUGACAGCGCCGACACCACCGUGGGCAACUCGGACUGCGCCUACGACCGCAUCGUGGCGUGCGGCGCCCGCCUGCGCAGAAGCCUCAAGCCCCAGUCGGCCACCGUGCACAACUUCCAGGAGGAGUUCGGCCUGGACCAGGCUCAGGCCCUCGCCAUCAGUGACCAUUUUCCUGUGGAGGUGACUCUGAAGUCGCACUGAAAACCCUCAAGGCCUGGUCCGGGAAGUGGCCUCCAGACUCUGGCCAGGAGAACAGCCCUGCAGGACUCCUUGUGGGGAGCUGGCCAGCCUCCAGCAAGGCUGAGGGCAGAGCUGGUGGGACGAGCGGCUAGGAAACAUCAUAGGACCAGGCAGUCUGUUUGCCCAUCUGUGAAAUGGGCUACUCCAUCUACCUCCCAGGCUUGUGAGGAGUGGCCUGAAGAGUGCUGGGCACAGGGCAGUGCUCAAUAAACUCGAGCCGCCGCUCAGCCA